AUGGCAGUUGUUCAAGUCAAUGCUAAAACAAGAAACUUACUAUAUAAUGCUAUAAGUGGAGAGGAAUAUGAGAAAAUCUCUAGUUGUGAUACACCGAAAGAAAUGUGGGAUAAAUUGGAAGUUACUUAUGAAGGAACCAGUAAAGUGAAGGAGACCCACAUCAACAUGUUGGUUCAUGACUACGAACUUUUUCAAAUAAAAGAAGGAGAAUCCAUUGAAGAAAUGUUUGUGAAGUUCAGCAAAAUUGUUAGCGAUCUAAAAGCUUUUGGUAGACCAUAUUCAAGUGGUGAUCAAGUUCAGAAAAUUCUGAGAAGUCUACCUACCACUUGGCAGACAAAGGUAGUUGCACUUGAAUCACAAGAUCCGAAUAAACUUUCUUACGAUGAGCUUCGAGGAGACAUUAUAGCAUUCAAGAAAACUCACCUCAAGAAAACAAGCCUGGAAGAAAAGAAGAAAACAGUCGCCUAG